GAUCUGAGCCCCAGACACCUGCCGGAUCUCGUUUAUUUUGGUUCCCUGGCGACCGAUGAUUGAUCCAAUCAGCUGUGAGGAAGAGGAGACGAAAAAGAUGAACAUUAGAGGGAAGCUGGAGGUGAAACGUUCUGGGAUUGGUGGAUUUUAUUCACUUCAGGUUUUGUUCUGGUGAUCUGAUCCUCAGUGGAAAGUGAAACCGCAGGUCUGAUAGGUUUAAGCUCCGCCCACUAACCGACACACCUGAACCAAUCAGGAAUCAGUUUCUGAUCGUUGGUUCCUGCAGAGAGUCGAUCAGAUUCACCUUCAGACCAAACCAGCAGCUUCCUCUGACUGAGUCCAGCUGCAGGAGGGAAAAGUGGAAACCUCCAACUCUGCUGCUUCAAGCUGCUCACACUGAAGGUGAGUUGGACCAAAACACUCAGAGUCACUUUGAGGGAAGUUAGUAGAGGAGGGAGGGAGCCGAGACUGACUGGACCUUCUGUGUUUUCAGCUUCACUCAGAGACUAAAUGGCUUCCAGGUCAGAGGAGGAUCUCUGCUGUCCGGUCUGUACGGACGUCUUUACGGAUCCGGUGGUUCUGUCAUGUAGCCACAGCUUCUGUAGGGAGUGUCUGAAGAACUGGUGGAGAAAGAAACCAGCAAGAGAGUGUCCAGUUUGUAAGAGGAGAUCUUCAAAGAUGGAACCACCCUGUAACCUGGUUCUGAAGAACCUGUGUGAAUCAUUCCUACAGCAGAAAAUCCAAAAUGCUCCAGAGGAUCUCUGCUCUCUGCACUCUGAGAAACUCAAACUCUUCUGUCUGRACCAUCAGCAGCCAGUUUGUCUCGUCUGCAGAGAUUCMGAAAAACACWCCAASCACAGAUUCAGACCCAYYGAUGAAGCUGCUCAGCAACAGAAGAAGAAACUUCAGGAAACUCUGGAGCCUUUAAAGAAGAAGCUGGAGCUGAAGAAGGAAGUUAAAGAGGAGUUUGAUCAGACAGCAGAACACAUGAAGGUCCAGGCCCGACACACAGAGAGGCAGAUUGUUGAGCAGUUUAAGAAGCUUCAUCAGUUUCUGGCAGAGGAAGAGGAGGCCAGGCUGGCUGCACUGAGGGAGGAAGAGGAGCAGAAGAGAGGGAUGAUGAAGGAGAAGAUGGAGGCUCUGAGCAGAGAGAUAGCAGCUCUUUCAGACACAGUCAGAGCCACAGAGGAGGAGCUGAGAGCUGCAGACGUCUCAUUCCUGCACAACUACAAGGCUGCAGUGGAAAGAGUCCAGCGCUGCCCCCUGCUGGAGGAUCCACAGCUGCCCUCAGGAGCUCUGAUAGACCAGGUCAAACAUCUGGGCAACCUGGCCUUCAACAUCUGGAGCAACAUGAAGGACAUGGUGACCUACACUCCUCUGGUUCUGGACCCAAACACGGCUGGGUCAAGACUCUUCCUGUCUGAUGAUCUGACCAGUGGGACUGUAGGAGAUGAACAGCAGCUUCCUGAUAAUCCAGAGAGGUUUACAUCACGGUCUGUCCUGAGCUCUGAGGGUUUUAACUCAGGGACCCACAGCUGGGAUGUUGAGGUUGGACACAGUGAGGCCUGGAUGCUUGGUGUGUUUGCAGAGUCUGUCCAGAGGAAGGGAGACACAGAGUCUGGAUUGUUAGUUUUAGGUUUAUAUGAAGGUAAACACUCUGCAUGUCUCAUCUAUCAGUCCAGAAAAAGAUCCAGAGGAUCAGAGUGAAUCUGGACUGGAACA